AAUAUUUACAUGUCUCUGGAUAUUUUUUAGUGUUUUUUCUGGUGGUUUUAAAGACCGAUUACUUUAGUGGAUUUCUGGUGGGCCACGAGGCUCCAAUAUGUGGGUUCGGAAAAAAAAAGUUGGCAACACUGUCAUUUGGUUUGGAAAUGUCAAACAAACAAAAUAGUGUACCUACAGAAUUGAAUUGUGUGUACCUAUGUAAUAUGUAUUAUGUAUCAAACACGGGUACGAAUAUACUUUAUGUUUAUUCGGUAAAGUAAAGUAGUUCGUUUAUAACCAUAUUUAUAAAAGUAACCCAUGUAGUCACAGUUGAGCCGUGGUCUCAUGAAGUUGUAGCUGGUCGAUAUUAUAGGAAGUGCAAUGAAUUCAGUCUGUUACAACGGGGGCAAUGAUAGACUUAUCCAUGAAGCAGAUCAACUAAUUUCUUACAUAGAACGUGGAUCAUCAGUCGUUAAAUUCUUUCCUCGGAAACGUCCCGAGCGCCGCACUUUAUUAGUGCGUCGCGAAACUCAUCAAGUAAUUUGGUGUAGAAAUGGAUCUACUCAAAGACAUGCUUACGAAGGAGCUUUGGAUAUUCGAGACAUCAAAGAAGUGAGACUGGGGAAAUUAUCGAAGGAUUUUGAUAGAUGGCCUGAGGAAAGCAAAAGACUAGAAAGUUCCAAAUGUUUUGCCAUUUUUUAUGGAACCGAGUUUAAAUUGCGGUCGGCAUCAUUUGCAGCCCAGACCGACAAAGAAGUUGAGGCUUGGGUCAAAGGCAUAAGGUUUCUAAUAGAAGAGGCUGUGAAUGCAUCUUAUCCAUUACAAAUUGAGAGGUGGUUGAGGAAAGAAUUUUAUGCAAUAGAGAACACUCAGGAAAAGAUUACGUUGAAAGAAGUAAAGGCAUUUUUACCAAAAAUUAAUUGUAAAAUAUCAACAAGUAAACUUAGGGAUAUAUUCCAAGAAGUAGACACCAGCAAGAAAGGGGAGAUUGGUUUUGAUGAUUUUUCUAUUCUAUACCACAAAUUAAUAUUUGACGAGAAUAAUGUGCAUGAUAUUUUUGACAAGCAUUCAUUAUAUUGUGCUAAUGGCACUACAAUAACACUCCACGAAUUCCAAAGAUUUCUGAUUAAGGAGCAACAUGAUAGGUUGGGUGAAGACGAAGCAUCAGCUUCACAGUUUAUAAGAGACUAUCUACGUGAUCCUCAAAGAGAUAUAUAUGAACCCUAUUUCACACUUAACGAAUUUGUUGAAAUGCUGUUUUCCAAACAAAACACGAUAUGGGACAGUAGACAUGAUUAUGUGACUCAGGACAUGACAAGACCUUUAGCUCACUAUUGGAUUUCUUCCUCACACAAUACUUAUCUCACAGGUGAUCAGUUUUCAAGUGAAUCAUCUAUUGAAGCUUAUGUUCGUUGUCUGAGGUCGGGUUGUCGUUGCAUUGAGCUGGAUUGCUGGGACGGGCCUGAUGGAACACCAUUCAUUUAUCACGGCCAUACUUUAACAACUAAAAUUCGAUUUAUGGAUGUGUUGCGCACAAUAAAAGAACACGCGUUCGUUACUUCCGACUAUCCGCUAAUUCUGUCAAUAGAAGAUAACUGCUCUUUACCGCAACAAAGAAGAAUGGCCAACGCGUUUCAAGAUGUUUUCGGAGAUAUGCUGAUCGUUCAGCCGUGUGAAAAGAAUGAGACUUGCCUGCCGUCUCCUCAUGAUUUGCGUAAAAAGAUCAUAUUGAAGCAUAAGAAACUUCCAGAAGGAGCAGAGGAGAAUUCGUUCGCAUUUCGCCAAGAGGAAGGAAAGGAUCUCGAUCUCAGGAAUACAAUUAAAAAUGGAAUUCUGUUAUUAGAGGAUCCUGUCGAUAAAGAGUGGAAUCCGCACGCAUUUGUAUUGACUGAGAAUAAGCUAUAUUAUACAGAACAUUAUAGCACGCAAACUGAAACAGAUAUAGAUAGUGACGGUGAACAAGAGGGGGACACGGCGAGCAUACCUCCUGAUGAAUUGCAUUUUGGAGAGUGCUGGUUUCACGGGAAGUUGGCCGGUAAUAGACAAGAAGCAGAGGAUCUCCUUAGAGCUCACUCCCACUUGGGUGAUGGAACAUUCCUUGUCAGGGAAAGCGUGACCUUCGUAGGGGAUUAUUGUCUAUCAUUUUGGCGUCAAGGGAAAGUCAACCAUUGCCGUAUUAAAUUGAAGCAGGAGAGGGGCGUGACGAAAUACUAUUUGAUCGAUACAGUCUGCUUCGAUAGCUUGUAUAGCUUGAUCACGCAUUAUAGACAGCAUCCGUUGCGCAGUCAGGAAUUUUUAAUAACAUUGAAAGAGCCUGUACCUCAGCCGAAUAAGCAUGAGGGCAAAGAGUGGUAUCACCCAUACUGUACUCGCGCUCAAGCGGAGGAACUGCUGAGGAAGGCCAACAUGGAUGGAGCCUUUUUGGUGCGACCGAGCGAGAAGGAACAAGGCUCUUAUGCUAUUAGUUUCAGGUCUGAAAGGGAAAUUAAACAUUGUAGGAUAAAACAGGAAGGUAGAUUGUAUACUAUAGGGACGGUAAAGUAUGAGAGCCUUGUUGAACUCAUAUCGUUUUAUGAGAAACAUCCUCUGUACAAGAAAAUUAGAUUGUGGUAUCCCAUCAGUGAAGAGGUCGUGAGAAGAUUAAUAACGGAACCUGAUGAUAGCUCCGUUUAUGGAACUCCAGGCUACAUGGACCCGACAUCGUUCACAUCGAAGGUAACGGUGAAAGCUCUGUACGACUACAGAGCUAGGCAGGACGACGAGCUGUCGUUCUGCAAGCACGCGAUAAUCACGAACGUGGACAAGCCGGACGAGGGCUGGUGGCGCGGAGACUACGGAGGCAAGAGACACCAUUGGUUCCCCGCCAACUACGUGCAAGAGAUCGAAGUGCCGCACAUGCCCAACAUUGCUUGUCUAGAGAACGAAUCAGCAGCGUUGGGAUCAUUGCAGAAAGGUGUAGUUGAUGUGUUGGGGGCGGUAGUGGAGCUAGUGGUGGGUGAGGAGAGUGGCUCGGCCCGCUGGAUCGUGCGCAUCCAGAGCCCAUCCAUGUGUGCGCCCUUUGACAUGGCCGCUCCCACCAGGGAGAACGCCUUAGAGUGGCUCUCGGCCAUCAAAGAAGCGGCCCACAGUGCGAGCGCAAGAUCUCUGCAACACAGAAAAAUGGAACGCACGUGGCGUAUCGCCAAAGAAAUGUCGGAUCUCAUCGUAUAUUGCCGCUCUGUCGCAUUCAACCUGGAAAGAAUACGCGCCAAAGGAUUCAUCUUCAACGAGAUGUCGUCGUUCCCAGAGACGAAAGCCGAACGGCUCAUGUGCCAACAGGAUACGGCCUUUUUCAUGAGAUAUCACGCUAUCCAAUUGAGCCGUAUCUACCCAAAAGGACAAAGGAUCGACUCCUCGAAUUACAACCCGAUAUCUUUCUGGAACGCGGGCUCGCAAAUGGUCGCGCUCAACUAUCAGACUCCAGAUAAACCGAUGCAGAUAAAUAUGGGGAAGUUUAAAGAAAACGGUGGAUGCGGUUAUAUCUUGAAGCCAGAAUUCAUGUUCGACGAGCACUAUAACCCAUAUGAUAAGAAGUCCAUCGAGCAUAAAUUGAAGUCGAUAACUGUGAGACUGCGCGUGAUAGGAGCGAGACACUUGUGUAAGAUGGGUCGUGGCACUGCGAGUCCAUUCGUUGAAGUAGAAAUCAUUGGAGCAGAAUACGACAGCGGUGUGAAACUCGUCACGAAGACUGUUGCUGACAAUGGAAUAAAUCCAAUAUGGAAUGACAUAUGCGAGUUCGAGGUUCAGAAUCCAGAUUUAGCGCUGAUAAGGUUCCUCGUUCAGGACGAAGAUGUGUUCGGUGACCCGAAUUUUAUAGGACAGGCCGUUUAUCCGCUCAAAUGUCUCCGUACGGGGUAUCGCAGCGUCGUCCUUACUAAUGGAUAUUCAGAAGAACUGGAGCUAUCCUCGCUCCUCAUUCAUAUAUCACUCUCCCCACAUUAGAGUAUUGUUAGUACCUAACUCAGACAAAAAUAGUUUAUCCUCAACUAUCUCGAUUAUUUUUUAUGUAAUGGCAUCUUUUUUUUAUGUAUACAGUUGUUACAGCUAUUUGCGGUUUCAUGAGUUCUUUUAAGCAAUAUAGAAAGUGCUACUUAUAUGGAUAUGCAAUCAUGUUUAUUUAUCAUGGCUGACUAUGUUUAUUAUACUAUUAUUUUUAGUCCAUGCAAUAUUUUAGUGUCGAUAAAUAUUGUUAUAAAUUUGAAUUCGGUAGCUAAAUGUUUUUGAAAAUAUAUCUAUGUAGAUUGAUUAUUAUGUAUGCAUUGUGAUGAAUUGAGAUAUUAUAUAUGUGGGGUAUAUAAUGACUAUGUAUUUUAUGAAAUAUAUUUAUAUUGGUAUAAAAAUAUAUGUAUUCUUGAUAGCGUGUAAUUGACUACUAGUGAUGAAUCUAUAAAAAGCCACAAUAUGUGACUAUUGUACUGAAAUAUAUUUAUAGCCUAAUAUUAUAAUGAGCUAUAUUCAUGAACAUAACAUAAUUGGUCAGUCCAUUCAGAUAAUGAAAAUAUUAUAUUAUUUCUUUAAAAUUUAAAUAAUUCUAUUUAUAGCUGAAUAGAGUAUUCAUAUACAUACAUAUAAUAUUUAUAUACAUAUACUUCCUAUUUUCUAUU